UACAGUAUUAUAAGAAAGAGGAGCCACACUUGCCGAGAGCUUGAGAUUUGAGAGAGUGGAAUGGCCGCCGCCACUGCAGUCCAGCCGGCAAUGCACACGGAUCAGUCCGGGCAGCAGGCAACGCCGCCGGGGCAGGGCCAGCAGCCAUGGGAGUACAGCCUGCGGAAGUACCUCCUGCUGCUGGCCACCCUGGUGGUCACCGUCACGUACGGCGCCGGCUUCAACACGCCGGGGGGCGUCUGGCAGGUCACCCACGACGGCCAACUCGCCGGCGACCCCAUCAUCCGCCAAACCAACUACCGCCGCUACCUCGCCUUCUUCUACUGCAACGCCACCGCCUUCGCCGCCUCGCUCGUGGUCAUCGUCCUCAUCCUCAUCCUCGCCAUCCGACAUGACAAGGACAAGGACAAGGGGAAGAAGGAUGCCGUCCGGGUCGUCCUGCCGCUGCGGGGCUUCAUGGUGCUGGACCUCCUCAGCCUCCUGGGUGCCUAUGGCGCUGGAACCUGCCGGGACAGGAUCCCCAUCGUCUACUCCGCGGUGCUGGUGGCCAUCGUCUUUGUCUGCAUCAUGGCUCUCAAGUUGAUGGAUUGCUGGUGCCCCAGCUCCGGUGGCGCCAUGCCCCUCAAGAAGCCCAAAGCCGAAGAACGGCUCUGCAAGGUCCUGAUGCUCCUGGCGACGUUCGCAGUGAGCGUCACGUACGUCGCCGGGCUGAGCACGCCGGGUGGCUUCUGGGACAGCACCGGGACCACCUACCGCCCAGGCGAUGCAAUCCUCAAGGACCACCACAGCCUGCGCCUGACGGUGUUCCUGCUCUGCAACACCACGGCGUUCUUGGCGUCCCUGCUCAUCACCAUGCUGCUCAUCAUUGACGGCAAGAAGUUCCGAGAGAAGACGGCUCGCUCUCGUGUGCUCUAUGGGUGCAUCCUCGUCGCGCUUGUCGGCCUCGUUGGCGCAUACACCGCUGGCAGCUGCAGGAAGACCGACACCACCGCCAAAUUGGUCGGCCUGGUCGGCGCCGUUCUGGCAAUGGCAUACAUCCUACUCUAUGGUGGUUUCUAUACGCCAGCUCCAAAAAUUUCGUGUUCUUGUUUCAGUCCAGCAAAACGACCUGAUGAUGAUGUCAGUGCUAAGGAGCUUCUGGAGAAGGCUCGCUCUCUUGUUCUACUGCUCGCCACUCUCGCCGCCACCAUCACCUACACAGCAGGGCUAGACCCGCCAGGCGGCUUUUGGCAGGACAACGGCGAUGGGCACAUCGCCGGUGACCCGAUCCUCCUCACCACAAACGCUAGGAGGUACAAGGCCUUCUUCUACUGCAACUCCAUUGCGUUCGUGGCCUCUUUGGUGGCCAUCGUCCUGGUGCAGAAGGAGAUUCUGGUCAAGCACCACGUGCUUGAGGCAGCGAUGAUACUCGACCUUUUCGGCCUCAUAGGCGCUUAUGCAGCUGGGAGCUGCCGGGACAUCAACACCUCCAUUUACGCAAUGGCUUUGGCAGGCGCCGUCCUGGUCUAUGUGGUGAUCCAUGUCGUCUUUUUCACACUGGACCAUAAGGACAGACAAGAUGACCGAGCAGAUCAGUUGCUGGAGAAGAGGCGCAAACGGUUGCUCCUCUUUGCGAUCUUGGCCGCGACCAUCACCUACCAAGCAGGCCUCACCCCUCCCGGUGGCGUCCUGCUCAAGGAUGACAAUCUCGGGCACCACGCUGGCGACCCGGUCCUCUUCUACAACUACCCAUUCCGGUACAAGGUCUUCUUCUACUGCAACUCGGUGAGCUUCAUGUUGUCCAUCGCCCUCAUCAUCCUCCUGGUGAACCCCAAUCUGUACAGGCCAGCCAUACGAAGCAAUGCCUUAUCUGUUUGUACGGCAGUGGGCUUGUUUUGUUUGACAGGGGCCUACGCCGCCGGAAGCACGCAACACCUCAGGACAACCAUAUAUAUCUUCGUGUUGGUCGGUGCGGUCCUCUUCGUUGCGGCUGUACUGCUGCUAGUAUUUUUGCUGACGGAUCCACACAAAAAUGGUAAUUCAACAGCUACUGUGACAUCAAUAUCCCGUGAACAGGAAGAGGAAGAAGAAAAAGAAAGUAAGAAACACGCGAGGCGCAAGUACCUGAUGCUGCUAGGCAUCUUGGUGGCAAGCGUAGCCUACCAGGCUGGCCUGGAACCGCCCGGCGGAGCAUGGCAGGGCAGUGGCAAUGGGUAUGAGGCGGGCGACCCUGUGAUGCAAGUUAACAGGAGGCCCCGGUACCUCGUCUUCUUCUACAGCAACUCCAUUUCCUUUGUGGCUUCCAUCGUUGUCAUCAUGAUGCUGCUACCGCACUGGCUGCCAAAUGAGAAGGACAAAGAUUGGGGGAAAUGGUCGCUGAGGGUGAUGAACUGGACGAUCCUACUGGAUUUGGUCACUCUCCUAGUCGCCUAUGCAGCCGGCUCCAGCAGGGGGUGGAAGACGUCUGUGUAUGUCGGCAUGCUCAUAUUUGCCGUUCUGGGCUACUUUGCAAUCCAUAUGACGCUGUCGAUAUGGUCUGAUUGUUACCGAGCAGCCAAGAAAAAACUAGAGUGUGAUUCUUUACCGGUGCGCUCAGUGGUAUGCCCUAGCUAGCUGUCCCUGUUUUUAGAUUCCUAGUCUAGUUGAUGUAAUGGGAUAAACCUGCAUCCCAACUGGAGCAU